AACUGCAGCAGGGAAACAUCACCAGACACCCACUCUGCAGUUUGCCUCCAAUGCUCACCAAGGCUGCUCAUGGCUUAGAAGCAUGCAUGGUGUCACUCCCAGGCAGUAGGUGGGUGUGAUCUUCACUGACUGGUUGAACAUAAUAAAGUCUGAAUGCUGACACACACACACAUUCACUCAGAGAACACAGAAGCCGUUUCACUCUUCCUUUGCAUUUUCCCUCAGCUGAAGCAACAUCUAUAAGAAUCUUGCAAAUGUCCUGGGAACGUCUGUAGCUGACAAGUUGUUGGAAAGCAAAUAUGUCUCUGCCAUUGUCCUUGCUGAUAUGUCUGUCAGUCUUCCAUCUGUGUUUGGGAGUUCAGCCUGAGAAGAGAUUCCUUACAAAACAGCAUUGGUCUGAAAAACCUACUGAGUCAGAAGAUGUUCAGAAGGCCGUUGAAUUUGCUGUGGAAAGGUUCAACAAAAAAGCAAAGGGCAAGAUGUUCUUCAAGCUGGUCUCAAUUAACAGUGCUAAAUCCCAGGAAAGCAGUAAGAUCAAGUAUAAAAUCGACGCAGUCUUCGAAAGAACCAAAUGUCCUAAGUGGAAAAACCAUGAUGUGAAAAGCUGCAUUUUGGAAAAAGAGCAACUAUUGUGCCAGUUUGUUGUGUCUUUGAACCCCCGCAAGAGCAAAUAUGACCUGAAAUCCAAAAAAUGCCACAAAGUUGCAAAGAAGGAUUAAUUCUUUUUUACAGUGUCAAGAUAAUCCGAGAUCAUCCCAUUACUUCCAUGCUGAAGAUUUUAGGUUAACAGUCACAAUACAUAAAGUUACAUUUAUAAUUAAUUACACAAAGUAGCAUCUAUAACUAGGGGUAAAAUCAAACUUCAAUAAAAUCAGUGAGGUUGUGUGUUUCUUUUGUCUCAUGCAAACUUUACUUUUAAAUUCUAUUUCUUUUUUAAUUUAAUCAUAAGAAAUCAUAGUCAGGCAGAGAGAGAGAGAGUUGCCAAGCCAUGAAACAGGAACAUCAGGCUUUCUGAUAAGAUGAAGAAAGUUUUCAGCCUGCAGAUUUAUAGAAAUACGUGAGACUAUUCCUUCUUUCAAUGCAAGAAAGUUUAAAAUAAUACAUUUUUAUCAAAUUGAGUAAAUGAACAACUGUAACUUUAGUUUCAAAUAAUAAGAAUAAUAUAUGAUUCCUGUUUUUUUUCAGAAGAACACCUAUAAUUACAUUAUUAUUAGAAUACAAGUAACUAAUAAAGCAUGGUUAUCAUAAUAUUAGAAAUGACUGCUAAAUCAGAAGCUAGAGAGGUUAUAGAUGUGAUUUUGAUCAUGAACUUGAAAUGAUGUAAAACGUGUAACUGCAUUUAGAGAUCACUGAUGUUGUGUUGGAGGCAGUUUUUUAACUUUUUUAAGUUAACACAACUUCAAUUAGGCACAAUAAAAUUACUAUUGCCUAUCAAUUGUCUGUAAUGAAAUUCAUGCAUAUGGAACAUCUUCUGUUGUUUCUAAGAUCAAAAACACAAGAAACAGGAAAAAUAUGAUUUUAGUCAUGGAGAUUCUUUUCAGAUGUUCAUCACCUAAAUCAGCGUCUCUGGAUCUUUACCAGAACGUAAAGCCACACUGUAUUUUUCCAUUUCUCACAGAAGAGUGAGCUCCUGAUUCCAUGUUUAAAUAUCUAUCUGGUUUUAUGGUGACUAAAUAUAAUUCAUAUUGGUUAAAAUGUUGGGGUAAAAUUAUCCUCACUGUUUUAUAACAUGACGUUGUCGGGCAGGCAGUUUUAAAAUUGUUUCUCUUUGUUGCUCAAUGGAUACUUUUCAGAUUUCUAUUUUAAAAGUUCUGGAAGACCAUAUCUGUUUUCUUUCCACUUUAUCUUGACUUUCCACUUUUGCUACUUUGUGAAUAAAUUGCUUAAACUCCCAACGUCA